UUGAAGAGAGAAGCGGCCCCGCCCACGUCGCGCGUCACCGACGUCUCGUCGUCUCUAGCCAUGGCGGACGAGGAGCUGGAGGCGCUGCGCAAGCAGAGGAUGGCCGAGCUGCAAGCCAAGCACGGGGAUCCUUCCAGUGACAUCGCACAGCAAGAAGCAAAACAGAGGGAAUCAGAAAUGAGGAAUAACAUUUUGGCUCAGCUUUUGGAUCAGGCAGCUCGUGCCAGAUUAAGUAAUUUAGCGCUUGUGAAACCAGAAAAGGCAAAAGCGGUGGAGAAUUACCUCAUACAGAUGGGCAGGUUUGGACAGUUAGGUGGGAAGGUAACUGAACAAGGGUUGAUAGAAAUACUUGAAAAAGUGAGUCAGCAAACUGACAAGAAAACAACAGUAAAGUUCAACAGAAGGAAAGUUUUGGAUUCUGAUGAGGAAGAUUAAUUGGUGAAAGGCAAAUCAUCUGGCGUAUGUCAAGGAAAGUGUGCUGUGCCUGGCAGAAGCAUAGAUGAAAAGUUUACACUUUUUCCCCCUGUACACAUUUUUUUUAUAUAAAGGAUGAUCUUGUGUUCUGUAUAAUAAAAUUAAGUGAAAUGGUUUUCUUAGACCGUUUUUAUAGCAGAGGCCUGAGAAGUUGUGGUUUACUCCCUGUCACUUGGACUUCAUUUUUCCUUUGGACACAGCUAUGCCACUGGCACCUGUGGGCAGCAUGCUCGUCGUACUUCAGUGGCAACAGGAUGCAUCGUAACCCAGCAGGGAAUGAGGAAAGCCGCGUUGCAAGCAGCCUGCUGGUUUUGUCAAAGUUAGUAGAGUUGCAUGUGCAGGCUAAAUAGUUCACAGGAUACAAGAUUUUGAUUUGAAUAUGUAAGAUUCAAUGUUUAUACAGAGGCUGCUGUAUAAACAUGACAUUCAUGAUCCUUUAACCACGGUUGAAGGAUUUGGAACAGCCAUGGAAUUUCCCCAUCCAUGUGCAAGCUCCCCCUCCCCUUUCUCCUGAGGAUGGUAACUAGAAUUUGCUGUUAGGGUUUUUAAAGCUGUUUCAGCAUCCUAAUGGACAACAAAUCCCGGUUAGCAUGGUUUUGAAGCAUUGCUCUUCAGUUGGCAUGUUGGGGCCUGAUCUAAAGUAGAUUGCAACAGGAGUACCACCGCUGUACAGAUAGGUUAGAAAAUUAAGAAACUGGUCCCCAAAUGCAUGUGUUGGUCCCCAAAUGUUGAAAACUACUGGUUUAAAUGUUAAAGGAUCAUGAUGUAAUGUGUGAGUUACAUGUCAUGUCCGCUUGGGUACUGGAACACUUGCAGUUUCACUGAACCAAAGCCAGAGGGGUUGGUUGUUGAUCAGAAUAUGGUUCCUUGAUACAGUAUCUUGCUGGAUGAUCUGUUGCAUUGAAAAUUAGAUAAAUCUUGGUUGGCACGCUAUGAAGCUUGAAAUAACAUGUGCUUGGGAAAUAUUUCUCUCAAGAGAUGUCUUUCCCCACCCCCUGCCAUACAUUUGCUAAUAGCAUGAGUGAUUGAGAGUGAUGCAACCAAAGUCAGGAUCUUUAAAGCCCUUUUCAUUUCAACAGAAGACUUAAGCACGUGCUUAAAUCUUUCGUAUUAAAAAUAUUUAAAGGUUUAACAGCAGCUGGAUUCUCUCUUAAAUAUCGUUGCAACACAGAACUGUGUAGACCAGGUGGUGAACCUUUGGCUCACCAGAUGUCGCCAGACUGCAGUUCCUGUCAUCUCGCAGGCUAAAGGUUGGUAGCAGACAAAACAUAUUUGUUCUCAUCCAAACUGCCUCCUUUUCUCAGGCAGUUAUUGAAACAGCUGCCCAAUUCCCCUGGCCAUCAUGGUGCCAUUGUGACUUCAGGUUGUGCCUUUUUGUUGAAUGCAGAAUGAAAUGGUUUUUGUAUGUCUACUGUACCAACAUCCCAUGUAAGGCAGACUGUAAAAGGAGGAGGGGUUUGACCCUCUUCUUCACUGUGGAACAUAUAUAAUAAGAGCUUUGAAACAUAUUAAAAUCUUUCCAUAAAGAAA